AUGGAUCAAAGGCCGGUCUAUGAGAGGACUCUAACAGAGUCCGAGCUGCUCGAGCAGCUUCCGAGCGAAAUCUCUAAUUCCAUUCGGACUGCAUCGGGGACUCAACACCUCCACGCGCUUGCGCUUGGCGCAUUGAACAACGAAUUUACAGAGAGCAUUUUCAGGCUCUACGAACCGAUUUUUGUCGAUCUUGCAGCUCGAUGGCUUCAAUCGGAUUUACAUGCAGACUACAUUCAUGUAUUAGCGGCAUUCUCGCAGAUUUUACCUUUUGCGCCUCAUCUGCGGUCGCUUGCCAGUCAAUAUGCCUCAUCACAGACUGGACCUUUGGCAGCUUUGGCCAUGUCAAAGGAAUUAACACUGUUACAGUUGGACCAAACUAGUAUUCGACUAUUACUCCUCGCCCUCUUUCGACUCCUCUCGUUUGAUCUGGAAACAUUCUCUCCAAUCGUUUCACCGCUCCAACUGCAGUCCCUCUUCCAGUCACAAGACCGAGUGACACGAUAUCUCGCUGUGCGAUGCUUUGCCUUGUAUAUGCACGCCGCAGAUGCGGCCACCGAAAAAAUGAUCCGCGUCAACACUGGAGCCGAAUCCAUCGAAGGAGAGUGGGAAGGCACCAUGAUUGAUUAUCGCUUGUUGGGAUUGUGGGAGGAGCGACGCUGGGAUUCUCUUGGAAAAACCAUUCGAAAUGCGAGAUCUUCUAGAGUGGAAUCCGAAUCCCUGGCAUUGGUCGAGAAGACACAGGAAUACUUUACCACGAAGACCGCAGAAAUUUGUGGAGUUCUGAUUCCCAGGUUGAAAGAUACCCCUCCGGCCUCUACAUCUGUUGUGAAGACUUGUACCACAAUUGGAAAUCUGCGCCGGAUUGCGGGAUCAUUGCUUGGACACAAGCCCGUCCUGUUAGUUGGUUUGCCCAACUCUGGCAAAACAUCAUUGAUCAACGACAUUGCGGCCACGAUGGGCCAGGCCGAAUCCAUGGUCACACUUCACUUGAACGAGCAGACAGAUGCAAAGAGUCUUCUUGGAAUGUAUGCCACUUCAUCUGCAUCUGGAUCAUUUUCCUGGCAACCCGGUGUUUUAACCAAGGCUGCCCGCGAAGGGCGCUGGGUUUUGAUUGAAGACCUCAACCGUGCCCCUUCUGAAGUGAUGGGUCUCAUUCUACCCAUCAUUGAGCGAGGGGAGUUGACUAUUCCCAGCCGGAGGGAGCGCAUCAAGUGCGCCGAAGGGUUUAAGAUCAUCGCAACCAUGAAGUCAUCAUACAACAUCGCUGGCGAAGAGAUUGCACCAAACAGCUCAAUGCUUGGAAGUAGGCUCUGGGAGAGAGUUCAGGUAAAUUCUCUUCCCGUGGAUGAGAUGCGUGAUGUUAUCCUGCAGAAGUUCUCGCUGCUUGAAUCUCGUGUCCCAACCCUAAUGAAUGUUUACGGGCGCGUAUGCUCUGCCUUCCACGGAAGCCUUGCUAUCAAGGGCUCCCAGGGUCGUACUCCAGGAUUCCGUGAUUUGAUCAAACUGUGCAGCCGUUUACACAAUCGUCUACUGCGAAUGGGUGCAAAGACUGGUUAUGAACCCACAUCAGAGGGCACCGAGGAUGAAAUAUUCCUUGAUAUCGUCGAUAUCUUCAUUAAGUAUCUUCCCGAGAAGUCGAUGCAGAGUAACCUUGCGGCCGUUGUGGCCGAAGCCCUCCAGAUCUCCCCGCAGCGAGCGCAAUUCUGUCUCGAGGAGCGCACGCCCACAUAUACGGAUAAGAACAACAGCCUUGUACUCGGUCGUGAGGUUUGCCACAAGGUUAAGGUACCAAGUGGAUCUGCUUUGAAGAUGGCUGCAGCAGCUUCACGUUUUGCUCCCACCAGAGCUGCUCUGGGUCUGAUGGAACAGGUCGCUGCCUCGAUCCAGAUGGCAGAACCUGUUCUCCUAGUUGGAGAGACCGGUAUUGGAAAAACCACAGUCGUUCAGCAUCUCGCAACAUUGAUGCGCCAGAAGCUUACUGUAGUAAAUUUGUCCCAGCAGAGCGAAAGCACUGAUCUUCUGGGUGGUUUCAAGCCAGUGAACAUCCGUACAAUGGCAGUUCCCAUGCUGGACGAGUUCACUCAACUCUUCGAACUCACUUUCUCAGCCAAGAAAAACCAGAAAUUCUUGUCCUCAAUCUCCAAGAGUGCUGCAUCCUCAAAUUGGGUCCGAUUGGUGACUUUGUGGCAGGAAGCUGUUCGCCUCGCAAAUGGCGUGUUCAACCCCCCAACUACCGAUGGCGAUGAGCAGCCAGCUAAGAAACGGAAGCUGGAUUCCCCCAAGUACCAGCACUUGCGUCAAAGAUGGGAGAGCUUUGCUACCCAGCUCAACGAUUUCGAGGCCCAAGUCGCCCAGGGCGAUGCUAAGUUUGCAUUUGCCUUCGUCCAGGGUAAGAUUGUGAGGGCUUUGAGAAAUGGCGAAUGGGUCCUUCUCGACGAGGUCAACCUGGCUUCCCCUGAUACCCUCGAGAACAUCGCCAGUCUGUUACAUCAUGGCAGUGAAGGAUCACCCUCAGUCCUUCUCUCCGAGGCAGGUGAUGUUGAGAGGGUUUUUGGCCAUCCAGAGUUCCGCAUCUUCGGUGCUAUGAACCCUGCGACUGAUGCUGGAAAGAGAGAUCUUCCCCCAGGACUGCGUUCUCGAUUCACUGAGUUUUACGUGCAUUCUCCCGAUAGUGAUCUGGAUGAUUUGCUUGCACUGAUCCAGAAAUACCUCGGUGACUUGACCAUCAGCGAUCCGCGUGCUGUCCCAGACCUUGCACAGCUAUACAUGAUCACCAAGAAGCUUAGCAAUGAGAAUAAACUCACCGACGGAGCAGGACAACGACCCCAUUUCAGUAUUCGUACUCUUGUUCGGGCUCUCAUCUAUGUUAUCGAUCAUGCUCAUGUCUACGGACUGCGCCGAGCAAUCUUUGAAGGUUUCAGCAUGAGUUUCUUGACCGUGCUUAGCCUGAACUCCGAGCGAUCUUUGAUUCCCUUGCUUGAACUGCAUAUCUUCGGCAGCGCAAAAAACGCCAAGUCUCUUCUUGGGCAAACUCCUCGAGCCCCAACGGAUGGAAACGACUAUGUCCAAUUCAAGCAUUACUGGAUGCGCCGUGGACAUUUAGCGCCAGAAGAACAGCCACACUAUAUCAUCACCCCAUUCAUCGAAAAGAACCUCAAGAAUCUUGUUCGAGCUAGCUCCACUCGGCGAUUCCCAGUUCUCCUUCAGGGCCCAACUUCCGCCGGAAAAACCAGUAUGAUUGAGUAUCUGGCUAAGGUAUCAGGAAACAAAUUUGUCCGUAUCAACAACCACGAGCAUACAGAUUUACAAGAGUAUCUGGGAUCUUACGUCUCCACGGAUGAUGGAAGCCUGCGUUAUCAAGAAGGUGUUUUGGUGGAAGCGCUGCGAAACGGUUAUUGGAUCGUGCUGGAUGAGCUCAAUCUGGCGCCUUCCGAUGUUCUCGAAGCUCUUAACCGACUACUCGAUGAUAACCGUGAGCUAUUCAUCCCUGAGACCCAAGAAGUCGUCCAUCCACACCCAAACUUCAUGUUGUUCGCUACCCAGAACCCUGCUGGUCUUUACGGCGGCCGAAAAGUAUUGUCUCGUGCCUUCAGAAAUCGUUUCCUAGAGCUGCAUUUCGAUGAUAUCCCUGAAAGUGAACUCGAAUUCAUUUUGAAAGAACGAUCCCAGAUCGCUCCAUCCUUCUGUACCCGCAUUGUUUCUGUUUACCGAAAGUUGUCCUUGCUACGCCAGUCAAAUCGCCUUUUCGAGCAGAAGAACAGCUUUGCAACCCUCCGUGACCUUUUCCGAUGGGCUCUUCGUGAUGCAGAUGACAAAGAGCAACUCGCAAUUAACGGUUACAUGCUUCUAGGUGAGCGUGUCCGUAAUCCCCAAGAGAAGGCUGCCGUCAAAGCCAUCAUUGAGGAAGUCAUGAGAGUCAAAUUGGAUGAGGAUGCCCUGUACAGUUCUGCAGAGCUGGAAAAGAACGCCCCUGAGAUGAGUGAGCUACCCACUGGUAUUGUGUGGACUAAGGCAAUGAGAAGAAUUUUCGUUCUUGUUUCCAAGGCCCUCCGAAACAACGAGCCAGUUCUCCUCGUCGGAGAAACCGGAUGUGGUAAAACCCAGCUCUGCCAGGCUGUUGCGGAAGCCUUCCGAAGGGAAUUGUUUAUCGUUAACGCUCAUGUGAAUUUGGAAACUGGCGACUUGAUUGGUGCGCAAAGGCCCAUCCGAAACCGAGCAGCAAUUGAAAAGCUGCUUGUGGACGACCUUCAGACGCUUCUUCAUGGAAAGCAUUCUGGUGCCUCCUUCGACGAGCUCAAACAAGAGUUCACUGCCUUGACUGCAGAGGAGCGCCAGACCAAGGAUCAAGCUCUCCUGCGUAAUAUCGAGAAGAAUGCUGUUCGGUGCAAUGCUUUGUUUGAAUGGUCUGAUGGAAGUCUAAUUACUGCCAUGAAAACCGGUCAAUUCUUCCUCCUGGAUGAGAUUUCUUUGGCGGACGAUUCGGUCCUCGAAAGACUUAACAGUGUUCUGGAACCGGCUAGGUCAAUUCUGCUUGCUGAGAAGGGCCCUAUUGAUUCAAUGGUUGUUGCAGAUGGUGGAUUCCAAUUUUUGUCCACUAUGAACCCUGGUGGUGACUACGGAAAGCGUGAGCUGUCCGCAGCUCUUCGCAAUCGUAUGACUGAAAUUUGGGCGCCUCAGCUGUCUGAAGACGAGGAUAUUUUGCCCAUUCUUUCGAUGAGGUUGAAUUUGAAGGACGAGAAGGUGACAAAGUCUAUGCUGAAGUUUGCCAAGUGGUUUAAGACGGCCUUCCAAAACACGUCUACCACAUCGCUCUCCAUUCGUGAUCUUCUUGCCUGGGUUGAUUUCAUCAACACAUCGCAAAGUCCAGACACGCAAUUUGCCAUCAUUCAGGGAGCUGCCAUGGUCUUUGUGGAUACUUUGGGUGCCAACCCAGCCGCCAUGCUUGCCAUGUCCCUCAACAAUCUGGAGGGAAACCGCAAGUCUUGUCUUACAAAGUUAAGUGAACUGUUCGGUGUCGAUGCCUCAAAGAUCUACGGAGAAUCGACCAGUGUCUCCGUGGAACCAGGUGUCCUCCGAGUUGGGCCAUUCGCCCUACCCGCUGCUGGCAACGCAGACCCUGAUCCGCAGUUCACCAUGGAUGCUCCCACCACAAUUGCCAACUCUGUACGAAUUGCUCGUGGCUUGCAAUCCUCAAAGCCCAUCCUCAUGGAAGGAAGUCCAGGUGUAGGUAAGACCACACUUGUGACAGCUUUAGCCAGGGCACUGGGAAAGCCCCUCACUCGUAUCAAUCUUUCGGAGCAGACAGAUCUCACAGACUUGUUUGGUUCCGACGUGCCAGUAGAGGGAGGUGAUGUUGGUCAAUUUACUUGGCGCGAUGCACCUUUCCUACGAGCCAUGCAGCGUGGUGACUGGGUUUUGCUGGAUGAAAUGAAUUUGGCUUCUCAAUCUGUUCUCGAAGGUCUCAACUCCUGUUUAGAUCACCGACAACAGGUUUAUAUCGCCGAGCUGGAUCAGACUUUCAAGCGGCACCCUGAUUUCGUUUUAUUUGCUGCACAGAACCCUCAUCACCAGGGUGGAGGCAGAAAGGGUCUUCCCGCAUCUUUUGUCAACCGUUUUACAGUUGUCUAUGCCGACAGCUUCACAGAUGAUGACUUGAAGACCAUCUGCUCCAGGCUCUUCCCUGGCAGUCCCUCCGUUCAGACAGAAAGGUUGGUUGACUUCAUCUCCCUUUUGAAUAAGGCUAUCACGAAAGAGCGUCGACUGGGCACUAUUGGUGGCCCAUGGGAGGUCAAUCUGCGAGAUGUACAGCGAUGGCUUCAACUUGCCGACCGAGGAAGCCUGCAGAUUCAGACAAAGCACUUCCUCGAUGUGGUCAUCAACCAGCGAUUUAGAACCGAAGAAGACCGCAAUGUGGUCUCUCAGAUCUAUGACCGAGUGUUCACGGACUCAGACACUGGCCUGAAGAGUUACUUCCACAACCUCACACCUGAAUAUUUGCAGGUUGGUCUGGGUAUCUUGAACCGUGAUCCUCUGCUGCAGCGCUUGGCUGAGCCCAACAUGAGAAUCUUGCCAAAGGAUCUUCACAUCGUUGAAUCACUCAUCUUGUGCAUUGACAACUCCUGGCCUAGCAUCUUAGUUGGCUCUGCUGGAUGUGGAAAAACGACUUUGAUCAGAAAACUAGCAGCUGUCAAUGGUGCGAAUCUCGUCGAGUUGGCCUUGAGUGCUGAUACCGACACCAUGGAUUUGAUUGGUGGUUUUGAGCAGAUCGACCACCGCCGAGAAGUUUCAGGCUUUGUUCACGACAUUGAGAUAUUUUUGCGAAACCAGCUCAUCCACUGCUUUGCUUCGGGGGAUGUUUCUGAUCUUGUGAUUUCUGCCCUUCGUAUUUGCGAGCACUUCCAAUCUGCAGACAUCUCGAUGGAGAAUGUGAUCGCUUCGCUUUCCAGCCUUUGUGAAUCCUCUGUCGAUCCAGCCUAUCAACAGUUCCUCGAGAGGGCCCAGAAACUACUCAAUGCCAUUCAGCAAUCUGAUAAGAUGAAGGUUGGAUUUGAGUGGACGGAGGGCGUUCUCACUCAGGCUGUUCAGCAUGGACACUGGGUGAUUCUUGACAAUGCCAAUCUGUGCAACCCAUCCGUGCUAGAUCGAUUGAAUUCGUUGACCGAACCAAACGGUACCCUUAUCCUCAAUGAGCAGCGGACGGAGGAUGGAUCCGCUAGGAUCAUCACACCCCACCCUAACUUCAGACUCUUCUUGACUAUGGACCCUCGCAAUGGCGAAUUGUCUCGUGCUAUGCGCAAUCGCUGUACCGAGAUCUGCUUCUUGCCGAGUGAGUUGUCUGACAUCAAACCCACCAUCGGUCCAUCUUACACUUGCGAAUCUUUCCUCUAUCGACUUCGUCACAUCUGGAACUUGGACACCUCCUUGUCACCUUCCGCCUUUGCAGAUGCCCUAGAAGUCUGCUUAGACCACCUUUCGCCCACCGAUUUGUCCUACCUCCAACAGUCGCCAAGUAAUUGUGAGGCCAUCAAUUCUGAGGUCGAUAGAAAGGCACAGACAUCGAAUGUCCUGCAACGUUACGCCUCUUUGUUCCAUGACAACAGCCAAUGGAAGCCUCUUGAGGCAGCCAGCGGAGAAAUUGUUCUUGGGGGUGCGCAUCUUGGCAUUCGGGGCGCGUUGCAGCCCCUUCACCCUCUCACCAACGAGCCUCUGCUUUCUAUCUCAGGAAGCAGCGACUUCCGAGCUACCCUGAUCGCACUGGCCUACCUCCAGGAGCUGAGACAAGACAUCCAUCGCCUCAGACAAGGCUUGAUCCAAGCGGACACGUCCGGAAGGGAAUUGAAGCCGAGCCAGAUGACACGGCUGGAGCGAUCUUUGGCAUCUGAGCGCAUCCCUGCGUUGAUGAAGGAUUCGACACAGCCUGUGGCCUCGUUCUUGUCGGAUUGUGGCCAAGCCUUGUAUGACUAUAUUCAGUCGCUGGAUCGAACCGCUCUCCAGGGCCCGGCUAUCAUAGCAGCUCUUCGAGCUGUUAUUUGCCUAAGCUGGGACAUCUACAAGGCUACUGAAGUCAGCCAGGUUGAUGAAGGUGAAUUCCAAGUCUAUUUGCAAAUGGGUAGGAAAAUUUGUGGAUCACUCCUCACCUCCUCUCCUCUCCUUCAGCCACUGCAAGUCGCACUGUCUCAGGCGCUUGAUCGCUUCCAAGAGGGCUGGGCUUUGACUACUGGUCUUUCCAUGCAAAAGAUCUGGGACUCCUGGAGACAUGUUACCCCGGUCUCUCAAGCGAAGCUAGACUCUUUGACUGAGCUGGAGUCCACUGUCUUCGAAUUUACGACAUUGGCCUUGCAGACUCGUGUGGAGCUAUCUCAAUUGAGUCAGGUCCGCGACUCAUUGAUCGACGCCCAGCGAUUCAUUCUUCUAGAUGGUGCCGAUGGUGAUGUACUUGUCCAGAGUAUCAAGCAAACCGUGUCUGAGCUUUCUCAGGCGGUUCGACGCUCAGAGUCUACCGAGUAUCCAUACUUCGCCUAUGAUUUCGAAGCUCUUUGUCAAUAUCAUGACAUCUCUUCCUUCUUCCAGAAUCCAGUCAAAGACACAGUCAUUCAAACAGUUCUACCGCUCUUGGCUGGUCGUGCAGCUCGCCCGUUGGACGCAUCCAACUUCCAAAGUGAUGUGCCCGAUGCACUUCACAGACUUGCGUUAUUCUCUGGCUCUUACAGUCAAUCGGAGUCUGCGCUUGCUCUUGGUGGCGUUGUAUCGCUGUCACUUCUGGGUAAGCUGACGGCCAUUGGCAAUGCCAAAUUGGGUCAAUUGGACAUGCUCGAGGAAGAGAAGAAUGCCCUCUCUAAAGGUCUCACCCUCAGCAGCAAGCAAAUUGCCACAGAUCAGUCCAUGGACCUCAGACGCACUGUUGCACGACUAUCGGCUGAGCUAGUGGGAUGUCAUAGCCAAUUCUUUGCCCCAGGCUCUGCUGAGAGUCUCAUUUCGGCGCUUCAGUCGAUUCAGAGCGGUACUUUGUCCGAGGAUCACUCACAAAUUGAGAUAAAGCUGGACGAAAGCCUACCAAGUACCCAUUACUUGAGGCCUCUCGCCGAGCAAGCUCUGCCAAACCUUGUUGCCUCAUUGAGCUCAAAGCCAUCAAACCAGCAACAAGGCAUUCAUAACACUGGACUUGCAACAGUGCAGUUGGCAGUGCUUCUUUUGCGAUUGUUUGUACCCGACAAGACUUUUGAUCCUUCGCUUGGCCUUGUUGUUCAACGCAAGCGCCAUGCCCAACGACUUGAAGAAUUCACCGCCAGGUCUGCAGCCAUCCUUGCAUUUGAAAGGACCUUCACCAGCCAGAUCUCCAACCUCCGAUCUGAGCUUCUGCGUGAGGAGAUCCAUUACUUGGGCUCUGCUCCACCUCCUUCUUUGGUCAAUCGUCCACAGAACUCUCAACUGAGCCUUCUUCAAGGCGAGUUUGUGAACUUGAUCAAUUCUGUACUAAACAGAGACCCCGAGCAGAUGAUUCGCUCUGCCAGAUCGGUCGAAUCCCAGGAUAUGAUCCAGCUGCUCCGUAACAACAUCAAACAGUUGAGCAGCCGCCUGAGCACCCACUACAGAUCUUACGAUGAUAUCGCAGUCCCCGUAGUUCGCUUCUUGCAACUUUUGGAUCUCGGUGUUUUCCUGGCCUCUAGCCAACCUGAAAAUUCCGCCGAUGUACCUGAUAUCCAGUCCCUAAGUCAGCUGACGCCCUUCUUGGGAGGCACCAUUCACCCUGUCCUUGCUCAGGGUGAUUCGAGGCAGUCUGGCUCACUCAAGAAUGCGACAGAGAUGCGACUGCAGGAACUGUCUGCCCUUUGGGCUGCACAGGACGCAGAUUCUUCCAUCUUAGAGACAAGUGCCGGGCGAGGAAUUGUGCGACGCAUCUUCGCUGAAUUCCAUCACAUGUGGAAAACAAAGCUAAGGCAGGACCAGGAAGAAGAGGCCGAAAAGGGUGAGCUGUAUCAUUUCAAGGGAUCUUGGGAGGAGGAGGAGGAAGUCAACGAAGCCGAGCUUCAUGCACUCUUCCCCACCUUUGAAGAAGAGUCUCUCCAGGAUGCCGAGGAUGCCGAGCGUAUCGACCCCAAGGCUAUCGCUCUCCGUCUUGCUGCGCUGCAUGCAAACAUUGUUUCCAACAAACGCACUGGAACUGCAUUGACUACACUUGUCAAACAAUCUGGAAAGCUCUUGGGCUCAAUCUGGUCGGACAACGAGACGUCAUUCUCGCCAAUGACCCCUCAAACACAUCUUCCCGCAGUUCUGUUACUCCUGGAUGAUGCUAUCAACGAGGGAGCGGAUAAUCACCAGAAGAACUACAACUUCUAUACUGAUUCCAACCUUGGCGAGGCUAGAAAGCUGGUCUCUCUUACGCUUUCUACCCAGGCUCGUUUCGCCCAGAUCCAAACCGCAUGGCCUGAACAUGCUGUGUUGGCUGAUGUUCUCGCAUGCUGUACGGAAAUCCUUCAAUUCAAACAUACUGAACCAGUCGCCAAGUUCAUGACCAAGGUUGAAAAGCUUCAUUCUCAAGUGCAUGAGUGGCAGACCGUGGCCAGCAGGGAGUACACAGCUGUUACAAUCUUUGAUGAGAUCACCACGACCCUGAUUGGCUGGCGUCGUCUCGAACUUUCAACUUGGGCCAAACUUUUGGACCUUGAGAAGGAAAAGUGUGAAGAGGACGUUAGUGCCUGGUGGUUCAUCGCUUACGAGGCACUCAUUGGAGCCCCGAUCAUGAUGGCAGAGUCAGGCGAGCAGGACAUGAGCGAACACACCGAGAGCUUGAUGACUACCCUGGAACAAUUCUUCAAAUCCACAACCAUGGGUCAGUUCGCUCGCCGUCUACAACUUGUGUCCAACUUCAAAGCUUUGCUUGAAGUCUUCGCCAAGGAUUAUCCCUGUCUCAAGCAGCUUGUCUCUGCGCUUGACAAUUUCCUCCACCACUACACACCCUUCCAAUCCGGCUUAGACAAGAUUCUUAACGAGAAGCGUUCUACUCUUGAAAGGGACAUCAAGGAGCAAAUCCAGCUGGCCAGCUGGAAAGAUGUCAAUAUUGCAGCUUUGAAGCAAAGCGCCAAAAACUCGCACCUCAAGUUGUUCAAGGUGGUUCGUAAGUACCGUGCGGCUCUUGGCCAGUCGGCCCAGUCAGUCCUUGAAUCUGGCCUUUCAGAGAUCACCGAGGAAGUUACUUCGAUUUCCCAAACAGAGCCCGUUAGACCCACCGCGGUUUUCCCCGAGGCGAUGGCUAUCUGUCAAAAAGACAAGAACGUGUGGUCUACCAGAGCGCUCAGAUUCCAGAAGCCGGAUGGCACAGCCAGCAACAUGAUGAAUCUAUAUACAGCAAUUCCGGCCGAGUUUGACAUUGCCAAGGACCUUGACAGCUUUAUUGUGUCUGUGAUCGAGAGCAUGAAGGAGUUCAAGUCCCAGACCCCCAAGGUCUUGAACGAAGACAACAAGGACGAUGUCCAGCACCUCAAGUCCCAAAAACGACGUCUCUACGCUGAAACCCUGAAGCAACUCUACGAGAUGGGCGUGAAGCGUAAUGCCGGAACAAGUGUCAUCGAAACCCAGGCGUCUGUCUCGCAAGUUCUUGCGACCAGCGCUGCCUUCGAAACUGGCGCUGCGACCUCAACUGCAGUUGAGAGCGCCGAUUGGUACUUCCACCGACUCUUGGAUCUUUUGCCCAAGACCCGUCUGGCUGCGCGCAACUAUUCUGAGGAGCUCACUAACGUUGAGGUCUUCAGAAGUAUGGGCUCUAUUGAACAUCUUCUUUUCACGAUUCGUCGCCAACGAGGUGUCAUUUCCCCUGCUCUCACUGGUCUGGGUAAACUGAAGACUACGCUUGAUAAGGUCCAGAACCUUUGGACGGCAACUUCAACUUCCCUGGCCCAAGAUCAUACUUCCGCACCUGAAGAGCGUGCCGACCUGGCCAGAGUCGUGGCUUGGUUAGUUCCCAUCCUUGGAUUGGCUGCAACGAUCAUCGGGGUGCAUUCUAAAUUCUCUGGGAUCAAUUCAUCCCAUGUUAUUGAAGAGCUGCGCGCCAAGAAGGCCUUCUUUGAUGACAUGCGCAAGUCAUAUGAAUCCCUGCCCGUGCUCCCGACUAGAAUCGCAUCUAAGGCGCACCUUGAUAUCGCACAGCAAACACAAGCGUCUCUCAACGAACUGGCCGCUGGACUGGAGAAGUGGAGCGUGGCUCGUCCUGAUCUCGCUUUCGCGUUGGAUCAGAUCACACCUUGGGUCAAGACAAACAUGGCCGCUCACCCAGAGGUCAAUGAACACAGCUUGUCUAUCCAAGCCUUUGACAGCAGCCUUUUGGCCGCCAUCGACAAAAUGCUCAUCGGUCUACAAAAGCUGAAGGAUGUACCAUCUGCUAUCACAUUCGACGGUCUGCUGUCAAGGAGUGACGAGUUCUUCUCUCGUGGACUCAAGGCUGUCCAUCUCUCCGAGAUCACCGCCACUUUGGAAGCCGUCCUUGAUCAAUUGUACCGCUUGCAAGACCAUUCUGCUAGCGGCCUCUCCGUUGCGGCUGCAUUGAUCACCAGUAUCUUGCCUAUCGCCAACAAAUACUACCAAAUCUGCCGGGACUUGGCGGAUCGCUUCAUUGCCGUUCAUCGCGAAAUCUGUAAGACGUCUUACAUCCUGACCAAGACUUUCAACACCGUCGCUUCUGAAGGCUUCUGCAGUCCUGCCGAGGCCUCACAAGACCAAGGAAAGGAGGGCCAGAUGGAAAGCGGAACUGGCUUAGGUGAUGGCGAGGGCGCCGAAGAUAUCAGCAAGGACGUUGGUGAUGACGAAGAUCUUUCUGAACUUGCCCAACAAGAAAACAAGAAGGAGGAUGGCGAUGACGAUGAGAUGGACGACUCGAAGGACGCUGUCAACAUGGAUCAAGAAGAAUUAGAAGGUGAUGCCGAGGAACGUAAAGAAGGCGAUGAGGAAGAGAAGGACGAAAGUGGCGAUGAAGGCGAUGACGACAUCGACGAAGAGACGGGCAGCGUCGACGACCUCGACCCUGGUGCUGUUGACGAGAAGCUCUGGGACGGUAAUAACGACGAUCAGCAGAAGGAUACCGAGAAUGAGGAAGGAAAGGGCCAGUCAGAGGCCGAACAACAAGCCGCUGCCCAGGAAGAGAAGAAAGAAAAAGAGGACGGCGAAAAGGGCGACGAAAAGCCAAAGGAAGGCGAGGAAGAGGAAGAAACAGAGGAUGAAGAAGCCCCCGAAGACGAGGGCGAGGCAGUCGGUCGUGAGGACAUGGAUGUCACCGACCCUCAAGCUAAGGAAGAAGAAACCCUUGAGCUCCCCGAGGAGAUGCAGCUUGAUGAUGACAACGGCAAGAGUGACAAUGGCGAGGAAGAUGACGAUGGAAUGGACGAACUUGACGACGAUUUCGGCCCCGCCCCCGAGGAUGAUGGCAAGGUUGAAGACGGCGAUGAGAACACUGGAGAAGACGCUGAAGGAGCCCCUGAAGAUCAAAUUCCAGGAGAUGAAGACGAAGAGAUGGCUGACGAUGCCGAAGAAACCAAGGAAGGAGAAGCCGGAGAUGAGCAAGAGGAAGAGGCCGGUGGCGAAGACCCCGAAGAGCCCGAGCCUGAGCCCGAGGACUUCCUUGCGCAGCGUGAUGAGAACCAAGCCGAAGGUGACAACGUUGCUCCUAGCGAGGCUGUCACUGGAGGCCUCGGCGCCGAACAAGACCAAAACGAAGAAAAGGGCGCAUCCGGUGAUGCCCAGCAGGAAAGUGGCUCCACUGAUCCAAGUGCCAAUGUCGAUGAUCAGACUGGCGCUGCCAAGGAUAGUGAGGAGAGCAAGCCUAGCCGAGACGCUGGGGGUGGUGAGGAAAACAAGCCAAAUGAGCCACAGAUGCAGGCGUUCAAGAAGCUCGGCGAUAUUCUUGAGCAAUGGCACCGUCGCCAACAAGAGAUCCUCAACCCAUCUCAAGAGGAAGAGGAUACCCAAGCCAUGCCUGAAGAUACCGAUAUGGCUGAUGCGGACUUCGAGCACCUCAAAGACGACGAUGAUGCCGCCGAUACCCAAGCCCUUGGUCAAGCAAACGACGAUCAAGCGCAAGCUCUUGACCAAAGCAAGGGCGUCGAGUCCGACAUCAAGCCCGGCGAGAACGACGCUCUUCCCGAUGUCACAGAGGAGCAGCAAGAGGAAGUCGGCAACCAACUUGAGGAUGAGAUGCAAAUUGACCGCGAGAAUGCCCCUGCCGACGGUGAGUCCGCCGGCGCAUUCAUUCCAGGAGGGCAAGCAUCCCACGAGCGCGCAGAUGAUGCGCAGGGCACCGAGGCACUGAAUGAGGAGCUCGACGAAGUCGACACCCAACUCGCAGCGAUCCACCUCUCCUCUUCGCUUCCGCCAUUGACACCCCAGGAUGAAGCUCGUCGCCUCUGGUCGCACUACGAGUCCGCUACGAACGACCUCUCCCUCUCGCUUACGGAGCAGCUUCGCCUCAUCCUUGCACCUACCAUGGCAACCAAGCUGCGUGGUGACUUCCGCACAGGAAAACGUCUCAACAUCAAGCGUAUCAUUCCUUACAUCGCAUCCCAGUACAAGCGUGACAAGAUCUGGAUGCGCCGCUCUAUUCCCUCUAAACGCAACUACCAGAUCAUGCUGGCUGUCGAUGACAGUAAAUCCAUGCUGGAAAGUGGAAGUGGACAGCUCGCCUUCGAGACGCUUGCCCUGGUCGCAAAGAGUCUAAGUAUGUUGGAAGCCGGUGACCUGUGCGUUCUUGGAUUUGGUAACGAAGACCAUGUUCGUGUCGCCCACGAAUUCGGGAAGCCCUUCUCUUCGGAGGCUGGUUCCCAGGUCUUCCAGCACUUCAGCUACCAGCAAACCGGCACAAAUGUGCGCAAGCUGAUUGCUGACUCGAUUGCUCUAUUCCGUGAGGCUCGUUGGAAGCGUUCCCCAGGCUCUGGCUCUGCAGAUCUCUGGCAACUCCAAUUGAUUAUCUCCGACGGUAUCUGUGAGGAUCAUGAUACUAUUCGCCGACUUGUCAGGACUGCGCUUGAGGAACGCAUCAUGGUUGUUUUCAUCAUUGUUGAUGCUGUCAAGGGUAGCUCUAUCCUUGACCUCUCCCAGGCGAACUUCGAGGCCGAUCCCGAUUCUGGUGGUGAGAUGAAGCUCAAGAUGAAGCGCUAUCUUGAGGACUUCCCCUUCCCUUACUAUCUCGUUGUUCGUGAUGUCAGGGAGUUGCCCUCUGUAUUGGCCACCGCUCUGAAGCAGUGGUUUGCCGAAGUUGUGGAUGUAUCGUCUUGA